AUGGAGCUGUAUGAUAAAUGGAACGUUCCACUCUCAAUCACUCCGAACCCCGAAGAAAAAAUCCCGAUUUCCGAUCUGCAGUGGCGGAGCCUCCUGCACACGAAUCCAAGCAUUCCUGAGCCUCUUUGCUCUUCAAAAGACCUUGAGACUCUCUUCAUCAAUAGUGAGGACGAGAUGGCUAGCUUCAUCUGGCCCGUACUACAGGGCGCAAUUCUCUGGACUCCACCUCCACCGGACUCAUCUAGUACUAAAAAUUCCUUCCAUGCAUUCUGGGACAACAACAUCCUGAACAUUCUCGCAACAUGUCUUGGCAAGCCCGAGUGGAUACGCAACAGCAACCACGGCACGGAAACUGGGUCUUUCCGGCCUGAUUUUGGUCUCCUCUUGCAAAGUCCAUCGUUUUACGGAAAACAUCCUCGUGAGGAGCUCGCUGACAAGACUCGAUGGGUCUAUGGCCCUGCUCGGUAUGUGCUCGGCUACUAUGCCAUUGGUGCUGAUAUCACGCUUGUGGCUAUCCGACCCGGCACGGACGCACAAGGAGACGAGCAAAUUAUUGUAGAAGACAUUUUAAACGCAAAUCUGUCAACAAGGCGGGGACGUAUCGGAAAUGCGGUAACGAUGAUCAAACUGGUCAAGGUUCUCCGGGCAUUAGAACGUACCGUAAAAAAAGGUGUGGAUGCUGAUAUGCUUACAUUGCAUCUUGAUGAUAGAAAAUCCAUUGAAUUUUUCAAGCACAAGAUACGGAAGAUAUAUCGUGUCGAAGAUAAACUCAAGGUUUCCUUUCUCGAAUCUAUCUACAACAAACUCAAAGCAAAAGGCGUGCCAAAUAUCGACACCCUUACGAGAAUUGAAAUGUCCCAUCCAGAACAUGGUUGCUUUGUUGAACUUGCACCUCGAGGUGACCCCAGCGGUCCAAAGUCUGCUGAAGAUGUUAAAAAUGCGGUCAUCUGUGUCCUCGAGGUCCUCCAGGUAUCACACACUGAACCACAGGUGUUCCACCGAGAUAUUCGUUGGCCAAAUGUUAUGCGAAGCCUCACCAAUUCUAAGCAGUGGUUCCUCAUCGACUGGGAAGAUGCUGCCAUCCCUCCAACGAAAGCAGCACCCAAUUUGGAUUCUGGAACACAUGCACCACAAGUAUUUGAGGAUGGCCACGGUGCAGAGGUUGACCUUUGGAGUGUUGGGAUCCUCAUUACUAGAGCGGGUGUUUCUGGUCUCCCUGAAAACCUCCGUUCUCUUGGACGGAAGAUGGUGGAGGGUUCUGUUUUGUCGGCUGAGCAAGCACUUGGAGAAAUAACAUCACUGUGAUAUCCAAAUUGUAUAACACAUCGACUACAUGCGCAGAGAUAGUGCAGAUUCAGGUGCCUUUCUUACU